UGGGCGGAAGUGACGUGCCAUGUAGUGAUGAUGCGCUUGGGUCUCUGCGAUCUAGUAGUUUCUGGCAGCCAAGUGCGUCAUACAGCUCCCCGGAGGGCUCGCUCAGCUGAAAGCUGCGGCCAUUGCUGCUCCGGGGAUCCGAAAUGGAUUUCGACAGCGUGCUGAAGGUGGCGGCCAGCAAGCAGGCGGAGGGCGGCGUGAAAAGGUACAGCUUGGCAGUUGGACCCCCGAAGAAGGUCCCAAAGGUGAAAGGUGUCCAGUCCAAAGCCGUUCAGGCUUUCCUCAAGAAAAAAGAGGAGGAGAAGCGGCUGCAAGAACUUGAAGAGAAGAAAAAGAAAGAGGAACUGCUGGCCAAACGGAAGGAACUGAAACAUGAUAAGAAAGCCAGAGCAAUGGCUUCACGGACAAAGGACAAUUUUAGGGGCUAUAAUGGCAUUCCCAUUAUUGAAGACAGACCGAAAAAAAGACAUUCCAGUCCUCAAGGAGAUUCGAACGCGAACGGCGGGUCCGACGAGGAGUACAUGACCGAAGAGGAGCGCUAUGAGUAUUCUCAGACAGAGUCCGAGGAGGAAGAAGAGCCGGAACCACCACCCAAGAAAAUGGCCAAGACCUCCAGCGUAAGAAAAGCUGCACCCCCAGCUAUGAACUUUGCUGAGUUGCUACAACUUGCGCAGAAGAAACAGUUUGAGCCCGUGGAAAUCGUGAAGCCCGUUAAAAAAUCCGACGAAAGACCCAGGACUGCCGAGGAGCUGCGGGAGUUGGAGUUCUUGGAGAGGAAAACUCACAAGGGUGAAAAACGGACUUUGGAGAAAGACGUUAAGAGAAACGGUCAGAUUGUUAAGGUCAGUAAAAGCUCCGGAGACAAACAUUCCUCUACGAAAGGAAGCCAUUCAGGGGACGGGAAGUCCAAGUCCCAAGACAAAAAAUCCAGCACGUUCUCCAAAUCGGGAUCUUCUGAGAAGGUAAAAAAUGGCCACAACGGCUCAAUAAAGAGGUCUUCCAGCGAUGGUGGAAACCGAACCGAGAGAAGCAUGUCUUCUUCCCACUCCAAAGCCUCUAAGGCUCCUGCCAACGGAAGUCAUAAGUCUCCUUCGGUCAGGGAACAUGGUGUUAAACACUCAUCUUCUCGACCAGAAAGCAUGGGCAGCGUGAAUGGAAAGAGCCAAGGGAGUGGCCGGCCCAGCAGUGCCAUGAACCCUGCGCGGCCGUCCGGUAGCUCGGGUACCAGUUCUGGACGGCCUUCCAGUUCUGGGUCCGCCCGACCAUCAGGGGGCUCUGUGUCUGCUUCGGCCCGGCCCUCUUCUGGGAGUUCUGUGUCUCGUUCGGCCCGGCCCUCUUCUGGGAGUUCUGUGUCUAGUUCAGCCCGGCCCUCUUCUGGGAGUUCUGUGUCUGCUUCGGCCCGGCCCUCUUCUGGGAGUUCUGUGUCUAGUUCGGCUCGGCCCUCUUCUGGGAGUUCCAGCUCCACGCGACCCACUGGUGGUUCUUCCAUUCGACCUUCUGGUAAUUCUUCUGGAUCCCUUCGACCUUCUGGCAGCUCCAGUUCAGCAUCAUCUCGCCCAAGUGCCGUUGGGCAUUCGAACAUCAGCUCAGGUUCCUCACGCGUAUCCGGCUCCAGUAAACCAAAUGGGGGCGCUCCGCUGCCGGGCAGCACUCCCAAAAGUGCCCUUUCUCGCCAAGCGCCCGGCUCGUCCUCUGUGCGCCCGGGCAGCGGCUUGGGCCCUGGAAGGCCAAUUAAUGGAGCAACGGGGGUUCACGGCUUUCCAUCAAAACCCAAAUGUACGGUUAUUGCUGAAACCAUUUCAUCCAAAAACUUUAUUCCUAAAUCAAAUAACGGACAAAUAAAUGGAAUGAGACCGGCACAGGCUCCAGGACCCAGACCGGUGAUGAUGCGCCCGCCAGGUCCCCCCAGGCCGCCAAUAGAUAUCUCUUACAAGAGAAGAAUUGAUGAUGAAGAGGAGGACUCGGAGAUGGAGGAUUUUAUUGAUGAUGGCGGGGAGUGCCAGGAGGAAAUAUCCAAACACAUCCGGGAAAUAUUUGGUUAUGACAAAAAUAAGUACAAAGAUGAAAGCGAUUAUGCCCUCCGCUACAUGGAAACCAACUUCAGGGAGCUGCAGAAAGAGGAAGCCAGGAGUUUGAGAUUAGGCAUCCAAGAAGACUUGGAGGAAUUAAGACGCGAAGAGGAAGAACUGAAAAUGAAAGCCAAGCGGGAGAAGGCGAAGCGCAUGAAGACGCGGUAGCAGCGGCCCAACGCAUCAUAGACUCUUUAUUCGCCGAGCUGUCGCUGCCGCGUCGGCACGGAAACCGGAACAGGAAUUCAACCUUUUCGUACAAAAAAACCCCCCAACAAAUGAAAUUAAAAAAACUGGAGAAAAAUGCAAAAAAAAAAAA